ACACAGACACAUAAUUUAAAAAUGGCCACCACCCCGACUCUAUCGCGAUUGCUUACUCGCCAUGUCGGAAUCUUGUAUACACCAACAGAAUCCUUGGCAGCACGAUGGCAACUACAGCAACAACGUGGUUAUGCCAAAAAGAAUAAGAAAAAGGGCGGGGCAGCAGCAGAGAGCAACAGCGACAGCGCAGACGCUACCACCGAGAUAGCUCGUGCGUUUAACGAAAAGAAACUCCAAGAACGAAUGGACAGCACCAUCGCAUCGCUUAAAGAUAACUUUAAAACGCUACGUGUUGGACGAGCCAACCCAGCGAUUUUGGAUAGUGUACGUGUUCGGAUAGACGGAUCCAAUUAUUCUCUACGAGACCUUGCCCAAGUCACCAUAAGAGAUCCACAAACAUUGUUGGUUUCUGUGCAUGAUUCAGAGUUUCGAACAGCUGUCGAUAAAAGCAUUCGCGAGUCUGGAUUGAACUUGAACCCGGUGAUCGAUAAUGAAAUGAUUCGUGUACCUGUACCAAAAGCAACUAAAGAAACCAGAGAUAAAAUGACCAAGCUUGUCAGUCAAAUGAGCGAACAAAUGAAGUCCAAAAUCCGUAACAUUCGGCAGGAUGGUAUGAAACAGUUGAAGCAGGAUUCCAAGGUAGCACCUGCAGAUGAAAUUAAAAGGCUCGAAAAGCUGGUACAAACACUGACAGAUAAGCACAACAAGAAUGUCGAAGAGUUGAUCAAGGCGAAGGUCAAGGAAAUUCAGUCCUAAUUCGUUUGUCGCCGUCAAAUACAUAACUUGUACACAUGCAAAGGCACAAAUUCACUCGCGAUUAGAUCAUUUGACCCCGCCACCCAAACAACAAAAACAAUUCCUACUACUACCCCUCUCUACCAAUCGAAUCUCUCUUAUAUAACUUUAUUUUGCUACUGCUUCAUCUUUUUACAAUGAUACGAAUUUUGAGCUGAUGUUAUUGCUAUCAUACAGGUUAAAUGCAUCAUAAAGACUGCUUAAUGAACAAAAGCACGAAACAAUAUGCUAUCAUACUUGCAAUGACAAGACAAAUAUGGAUACCAAGCAUAUGCAUAACUUACCUACAGA